CUCCAACGACCACACUUUUCGUGCCGGGAAAUCCUUCUCUUCCCGGCAACGAGAGAGAGAGAUGGAAGGGGUUGUGUCGAUGAUGAGGUCGUUUUUACCACACCAGAGUUUGAUUUCAAGAUCACUACUAAUUGUUCUUCUGGUUUACUCGUUCUCUUCUCAAUUUCUUCCUAUCGAGCCAUACCUUGUGCCUUACUUUACUUCUGUUAAGCAUUUCACCAAUUCUCAGGUUACAAUUGAUAUAUUCCCUUAUGGUGUUUAUGCUCAACUUAUUUUUACAUUGCUCAUGGCGUCCGCUUGCUUUUAUCUCUCACACAAAGUGGUUGUAGUUCUAGGGGCUUUUGGAAUGCUCAUCAGUUACUUGAUCAUAUGGUGCGCGCAAUCUCUUCUUGCAAUGCAAAUUGUUCAGAUCACGUAUGGAUUUGGAGCGGCAACGCGCUUGGUCUUCUCAUCAUAUAUAUUUCUUCUUGUACCAGAAGAAGAAUAUCAACGCAUGACUAGUUUAACUACAACAACGUCACUUUUAUCAUUUAUGUUAGCUUCUGAACUGAGUCAGAUGCUAGCUCUUAUGACGUUCUCUUAUUCUAUUUUUCUGGGGCUGACUCUCACUUCGCUGGGAGUAUGUUGUGUCACAGCUUUUCUGUUACCAGAGGACCGUCCUUCUAGUUUGAUCUAUAGUUCAGUAACUUCUUCUUGGGGCCAGAGUGAGGGGUGGAUUAGGCUUUUGGAGGAGACAUGGAAAGGAAGAAAUUUGCAGAUUCUUUCUCUUUGGUGGGCUCUAGCUUAUGCUGGUUUCUCUCUCGUCCAAACUUACGGGACAAACCUCUUUGAUGCAAUUGACUCUAAAUCAAAAUUUAAUGGCCAUGUUUUGGCUGCAUCUCAGGCAGUUGGAAGCCUGGGGGCAAUCUGUGCUGUUUAUCUUGAGCAGUAUACUAUCAAAUCUGGAGUGGUCAUCUAUGUAAUUGGAUCAGCAGCCAUGUGCAUUGUUUGUUUAGGCAUGGGAUUGUUGGCCAAGAUUUGGGUUGCUUACUUCUUGUAUGUAGUGAUUUCUGGCAUCUACCAGAUUCUGACAUGCCUUGUCAGUGUGCAUUGUGGGCGGCUUCUAUCCAACAGGAAGUUUAUUCUUCUCUUCUCUGUCAACAAUUUUGUGGGACUUCUCCUUGAGACAUUGCUACAAGCAGCAGUGGAAAUCUCGGAGCUAUCUAUUUCUACACAGUAUGUCUGCUUUGCCGGAUUUUUCCUCCUUGCAACAGUAAUCUUUAUUGUCCUUUUCUUUUCUGAUGAUGAUAUUGAUGGAAGAAGUAAGAACGAUUCUUCUUUGACAUCAAAUGAUGAAACUGAACCUCUGAUCUUAGAGAGCAGAAGAUGAAGCAUUAUUUUGAUCAAAGUUGAAGUUGAGGUUAGUUAAGUGUAUCUAAUUUUCUUGUGUAUAUUGUAAUACAAAUGACCAUUGUAAUUUAUAUGCCUUUGUGAUUCCUUCUGAAGGCAGCUUAAUAUCCAUUUCCACAACUGUAUCAUUAACAAAUCAUAGUUAUCAGUCAAUUUGUUCCUCA